GAUAAAGUGAAUGGAGCAGCUCAGUGAACAUCUAACAUGGGAAGUCCUGCCCUGCCCUGCCCCACCCUGCCCUGACAGCAAAGGGGGCUGGCAGGUGCUUCAGGUGUUUACCAUGACUGCCAAUUCAGACAGCACUGCAAACCAGGGCUGUGUGGGAAAGCUGAAAAAUAUUCUUUAGAAAGGCUUUGCAUAUAGUAAUGUGGAGCUUGUUUUGAGCCUUUUAAAAGAAGUUAACAACAAUAGAACUCCUUACAAUCAUACACGACACAGAGAAGACAUAAACAGGAUUGUAAGAGCCAUGGAGAGGGCACAGAUGAAGAGGAAAGCCUUGAAACUGCCAGAGACAGAGGAGUCUCUGUGCUGCUGUGAGUACCUGGACCGCAAUGGAGAGAAGAACCACAUAGCGGCCUGCUGCUGUAACUGCGAGGACCUGGACGAGACAUGUGACAGGUGGUGCAAAUGCGAGUCUCUAAACCCUGACUCUUUGUCUCGCGUCGCGGAGACUCUGUCGGACCGUUUGCGAUUGCCCUGGAUCUCGGGAGCCCAGCGGGUUGACAUCACAAUCCUGCCUCCGCUCGUGCUGCUUCCAGUCUUCCUCCACAUUGCUGCUCUGCACUUCCUGCUGGCCCUCGUCAUCCUGACCGCUCUUCCAGUCUUUGUUCUGUGGUACUAUUAUGUUACUCACCGCAGGAAGGGUCAUACUCUGUUCUUCCUAAGCUUGGCCCUUUUCUCGCUGGGCUACACGUACUACCUAUUUCUCACUAAAGUUGUCCCAAUGGGAGAUGUCAGCCUUCUUCAGUUGACUGUAUUGACCAGUGGGUUAAUUCUCACACUGCUGUGUCUGGCACAAGCCAAGAAGAACCCUGGCUACAUCGAGAGCAGCAAAGAGACUGAUGGUGCUCACAGCACUGCAAAAUAUUACCAUAAGCAGCCACAAAAAGACAGCAAAGUCGCUUCCAAUGGUGUGCAUUAUGAGUUGGUCAACCACAGCUUUCACCCAGCGAAGGACAAUGGGGGUUACACAAAAUCAGCGGUUGAUAGUGAGAAUGUUAAAAAGAACUGGUGCCGUGUGUGUAAGAUUGUACGUCCUCCCCGUGCCGGACAUUGCAGAAUCUGUGUUGCAUGUGUGCAGAGGCUGGACCAUCACUGUGUUUGGAUUAACAGCUGCGUGGGGCAGGCUAAUCACCGUGCAUUCCUCCUCACCCUGCUCCUCUUCCUUCUCACGUCGACGUAUGGGAUCAGCCUGACCCUGGGCUCCAUCUGUCCCAGAAAGAGUGUCUUCACCGCCCUCUUCUACUGCCCUGGUGUCUACGACCAGUACAGCUCUGCGCUCUGCUUCACUUGCUGUUGGUACGGCUUCAUCGUGACUGGUGCGCUGCUGCACUUGUUUAUCGUCCAGCUGAUCAAUGUGAGCUACAACGUGACAGAGCGAGAAGCAUGCAUUGCCUUGCGGGAGAAGUCAGGGCGCAGCCAGCUGUGGGGGUUGAUCGUUGACACGGGACACUUCAAUCACGGCUUUCUCCUCAACUGGCGGGAGUUCCUGUCCAUGAACACCUCCGUCUCGCUUCAGCAUCAUCUGGAAGACGUGGUGUAGCAACAAAUUAAAAAAAGAGAAUAAUAAUCCAGGGCUAAGUAUGGUUUGCUUACAUAACAUAGGAGAUGUAUGUUUGAAUGCAGUAACCACUCAUUGAAAUUUUUUCACCCUUUGCAUGUUUUGAAAACGUUUACGUCUCUCCAAAGAGCUGCUGUAUUAGACAAUAUUCAGGUGACUGUACAAAUGAAAACUUGCUGUUAGUGUAAAAAUACUUCAUAUUGUUUGAGUGGCAGAAUGUGAUUAGUGACUCCAGAUGCUGUUUCAUUUGCUCAUUCAUUCGCAUAGCCCGUCUGAUUCUUCCAACACCAACAUCUGGUAUAGUGACAUUAGGAAACAGCUACCAGACAAUAUUUUUAAAGACAAAACUUAACUCUACAUUAAGACACACAAAUCAAAGUCAUAACAUACCUUGAAUUAAUAAUAUACUCCAACACCACCCCAAGGUUAGACACACAAGCAAGUGGUUUAUUUAUUCUGUGUACCCUUGCAAAAUACAGUGGCUUUGAAAGAUUUUUUUCAUUUUUUUAACCUUGAAACAGGUGACGCACUAGUAAUUGUAGGCAUUUUUAGAAUGAAGCAUGAUUUUUAAACUGUAGUAUUAGUUCUGAUUCGUGUGCUGCUGUGUUUAACAGCUACUUAUUACUGGUAAUGACAAGGCAGGUCAUUUAUUGACUAGGUAUUGAAAUUCAUAUUCAUUUCAGCAUGUUUUUGAAGCACGUCUUUCUAGUAAAAUAAAUUGUUAUGCACCAUAGAUGAAUUGCAAAACAACACAGUGCUCAUAUAGCAGGCAUUUUUAAUUU